CAAAUUCUCCAUCCUCACACUAGUACUACUCUGAACCCUCUCCUAUUACUUCUACUUGCCCUGAUUAAGCAAAAAGCUAAUAGGGUUUGAGAGAUGGCUUCAAAAAGAUCAGCAUCACUAGCCCUUUUUUUAGCACUCAACAUUCUCUUCUUUUCCCUAGUCAGUGCUUGUGGUUCCUGCCCUUCCCCCAAACCAAAGCCCACUCCCUCUCCAUCUCCAUCGGGAGGAGGAAAGUGCCCCAGAGAUGCCCUUAAAUUAGGUGUAUGUGCUGAUCUGCUUGCAGGUUUGCUCAAUGUCACCGUUGGUAAACCCCCCGUACAGCCCUGCUGCUCCCUCAUCCAAGGCCUUGCUGAUCUUGAGGCUGCUGUUUGCCUUUGUACAGCCAUCAAAGCUAACAUCUUGGGUAUCAACCUUAAUAUCCCAGUUUCCCUCAGCUUGCUUCUCAAUGUCUGCUCAAAGAAAGUUCCCUCUAGCUUCAAAUGUGCCUAAUCACUUUUCUAAGUUCUCUCUUCUUGGAUUUGCGUGGAUUUGAUAUUCUAAUUUCCACCAUGCGGUGAUCAGUGUUUAAUUGGCAACUGCUUGUUUCCAUUGUUGUAGUGUGUUUGUUUGUGGAUUGAUACUGAAUAAGCGUCAAAUACUUUUCUUCAAGUGUUUUCUUUGGCUUUAUGUAUCUUUAAGGGAAAUGAAAGACUAGUACAUAUUAUUCAGCUUGUUUAUUUCAAUAAACCUACAAUCCAUCCAUAGGGAGUGGAAUCAUGUCUAAUUUCUCAAUGUUCACAAGCUAUAGUCUUUGGUCCCAUGACCUUAAUGGCAGAGACAUUUGUAUCUUGCCAUCUAGGACACUAUAUUACAUGUUAAAUCAUCCUUUUCUGAUCUUGUUUA